AAAGAAUGGAUGCAAAUAACUGCCAAGGUAAUUAAUUUUAAGCUCGUUUAAGGCUUUCAACAAUGUUUGUAUUGCCAGGAGAUGACGAUUGACUGUGAGUUCCGCACAAUAAAAUUGCUACCCUCGUAUGAGAAAAGAAUAAUCCAACAUCAAAUAUAAUAGUACCACAUAAAUAAAUUCGUUUGCCGCCCUGCCCUAGGCUCCGAGCCUCAGACACCUCGUAUUCUUUCACCCUUGGAAGAAAGCUUGUCAAAUAAACAUACUUGAAGGAAGUUCUGUUCUUUCAAUUUUCAAAUUAACUCGUUGUCAGGACUCCUCCUCUCAAUGUUGCUCAAGAGUAAAGCUUACACGAACCAUGCUGUUCAAGGAACCACUAAACCCCUUAGCUCUCUCUCCUCUCUAUUCACCAAAGACCCUCUUCAAAGUUCUUCACCAAAACGCAAACCCAAAUUUCAAAACCCAGAAAAAGGCCACCUCUCGAGUCCCAAAGAGUUCGAGUAUUUCGUCAGGCAUCAGUGUAAAUCAGGUAAAAUCAGCCUCAACGAUGCUGUCACUUACUUUGACAAGUUAAUAAAAGCUCAACCUUUAGCGUUGAUUGAAACGUUUAAUUUUGUAUUGGGCUCGGUUUCAAAGUUUAAAUGCAAUUCAGAUGUGUUUUCAAUGUAUAGAAGGUUGAAUUAUGAAGGAAUUAAGCCAAAUUUGUAUACGUUAAGCAUUUUGAUGAGAUGCUGUCAAUUAAGGCAAAUAAGUUGUGGGUUUUGUGUUUUUGGUGAGAUUAUAAAGAGGGGAUUCGAGCCGGAUUUAGUUACUGUUAGUAUUUUGUUGAAGGGUCUGUGCGCGAAUGGUAAGGUUUUAGAUGCAGUUCAAGUUUUUGAUAAAAUGAGUGAAAGUGGAUUCCAAGGGGAUGGUGUUACGUAUGGGAUUCUUAUUAAUGGACUUAGUAAGAUUCGGGAGCCAACUUUGGCUCUUAAAUUGCAUAGGAAGAUGGAAGAGAAUAACUGUGAGGGGACUUUGGUUACAUAUAGUAUUAUUAUUGAUGCUUUUUGUAAAGAUGGGAUGGUUGAUGAGGCAGUGGGUUUGUUUUUGGAAAUGGUUUCGAAAGGAAUUGCUCCUGAUGUUGUUGUUUAUGGUUCUUUGAUCAAUGGGUUGUGUCGUUUAGGCAGGUUGAAAGAAGCUGUUAAUUUUUUUGAUGAAAUGGUUAGUAGAAGACUCACUGCGGAUUUGGUCAUGUAUAAUUCUUUGAUUCAUGGUUUUUGCCAAGCCGGAAUGUUGGAAGAAGCUACAAAAAUUUUCAACUUGAUGGUUCGAAAGGGGAUUUGUCCGGAUGUAGUAACCUUCACAAUUUUGAUAGAUUGUUUAUGCAAAGAAGGGAAGAUGGGAGAAGCUCAGGGGAUACUUGAUCUGAUGAUUCAACAGGGGAAAGAGCCAGACAUACGAACUUAUAAUUCACUCAUGAGUGGAUUCUGUUCAACAGGUCAGUUAGAUGAGGCAACAAAACUUUUUGGGUUCAUAGCUGAUCAAGGUCUUGAGCUUGAUGCUUUUAGCUACAAUAUAAUGAUUAAUGGCUAUUGCAAGAGUUGGAAGAUUGAUAAAGCUUUUCAACUGUUUCAAAAAAUGCAUGACAAGGGAAUUAAGCCCACUACAGUGACUUACAACACGCUUAUCGGAGCACUUUGCCAGGCAAGGCAAAUUAGCACUGCACAAAAGAUGUUCAACGAGAUGCAUGUUUAUGGUCAAUUUCCAAUAUUAUCUACAUAUACUGUCAUGUUGGACGGGCUAUGCAAAAAUGGCCAUAUUGAGGAGGCAAUGGAUCUGUUUCAUUCCCUUGAAAGUACUGAGUACAAACCUGGUGUUGAGCUUUUCAGCAUAGUUAUUGAUGGAAUGUGUAAAGUUGGAAAAUUGAAAGAAGCUAGGAAAAUGUUUGUUGAAAUCUCUGAGAAAGGUUUGGUUCCUGAUGUUGUGACAUAUAACAUAAUGUUCAGCGGCCUCUGCAGGAAAGGAAUGUCAUUGGAGGCUGAUAAAUUGCUAACGGAGAUGGAAGAAAAAGGUUGUUUGCCAGACUCCAUAUCAUUUAACAUCAUUAUUCAUGGACUUCUACGGGAAAAGGAGGUACAAAGAGCGAUGAAUCGUUUGGAAGAAAUGCGUAGAAGGAAUUUCUCACCAGAUGAAGCAGUCACUUCAAAGCUGCUACGCCUUGCCAUGAAAGAUACAGAAUGUCAUGCAGCCCUUCAGUCACUUCCAGUUUCAGAUGUUAUCUGAAAAAGGUGGUGUUGCAUGUAAUACUAAUACCCUGUGAAGCAAAAGAGAUUCUUCCAAGUUCAUUGAGUCUAUGCUCUCUGUACAUUAUUUAUUAGGGGAUUUUUCUUUCAGCACUCAUUUUUUGUUUGAACUUAUUUUUAGCAACUUCAAUUUUUUUUUCCUGUAUAUUAACCACUUUUUCAUUUUGCU